AUGGCCACUUUUACCAAGAUCCCGGAUUCAGAGACCCCCGUGGUCUCGGUCAACCACCUUAACAAGAUUGCAAAGAUCAACGACAAUGUUUAUGGAGGUUUCACCGAACACAUGGGCCGCUGCAUCUAUGGCGGUAUCUACGAUCCUGGCAACCCCCUAUCAGAUGAGGAUGGUUUCCGCAAAGAUGUGAUUGAGGCAUUCAAGGAUCUCAACUGUCCUGUUGUCAGAUAUCCUGGCGGUAACUUUGUAGCUACUUACCACUGGCUCGAUGGUGUUGGUCCCAGAGACCAGAGACCCGUGAGACCGGAACUUGCCUGGCUCGGUGAGGAAAGCAAUCAGUUUGGUACCGAUGAGUUCCUGAAGUGGUGCGAGGUUGUUGGCACCGAACCAUACCUUGCUCUCAACUUUGGCACCGGCACGCUGGACGAGGCUUUGGGCUGGUUGGAGUACUGCAACUCUGACAAGAACACUUACUACGCUAACCUGAGACGUAAGAAUGGCCGUGAUAAGCCUUACAAUGUCAAGUACUGGGCUCUCGGAAACGAGAUGUGGGGACCAUGGCAGGUCGGCCAAAUGACCAAGGAGGCAUACGCAGACAAGGCCUACCAAUGGGCCAAGGCCAUGAAGUUGCUAGACCCCAGCGUCGUGCUUAUUCUGUGCGGUGAGACCGGCUACAGCUCAUGGGACACCUAUGUGCUGAAGGAGUGCGUGAAAUGGGACACUCACACUCUAGGCGGCAGCACGACCGCCUCACUCAUCGACAUGCACAGCAUCCACAUCUACACAGCUUCAAACGACCACUUGAAGAACGUAACAGCGCCUCGCAGUGCUGAGCGCGCCAUCGAAAUUACUGGAGGCUUGAUCGAUCUCGUCCGUAUUGAAAACAAGGUGCCAUAUACAGUACCAGCACCCACCAUCUGCUUUGACGAGUGGAACGUCUGGGACCCCGUACGUGCUCCCGGUGACAUUGGCGCAGAGGAGAAGUACACUUUGUCAGACGCACUUGCUGUUGGUGUGUGGUUGAACGUCUUCAUCCGUCAAGCCAAGUACAUUGGCAUGGCAAACAUUGCUCAGAGCGUCAAUGUCAUUUCACCACUCAUGACCACCAAGGAUGGUAUUCUCAAGCAGACGACAUGGUGGCCUCUGCUGUUGUUCUCAAAGUACAUGCGCGGCUGGACCGUGGCAGUCAAUGUGCGCUGUGGCGAGUACGAGGGCGAGACUGAGCCCAAGUGGAUCAGAGGCACCAUCGAGACUCCCUGGUUGGAUGUCUCGGCUACCAUCAACGAAGAAGGUAUUGUCAGCAUGGCUGUGGUCAACGUGUCGGACAGCAAAGACUUUUCUACCAAGCUCGAGGGUGUCAGCAGUGACGCAAUCACUGUUUACACUGUCACUGGCGACAAUCCUAUGGUUGCCAACACAAACGGCAAUGAGGAGGAGGUUGUCAUCAAGGAGACCAAGUGGGACGGCAAGGGCGAGUUCACUUUCCCCAAACACUCGGUCACUAUGCUCAGAUGGAAGGCUUGA